UCGGCGGAGACGCUGUCCGGCGUGUCUUGCCCUGGGGUUCCCUUCACAGCGUUUUGUCUGCGACGACCGCCACGACCCCCCUCCUCACAAGUCCCCAACUUCGCCGGCCCCGGGCUGCGCCCGCCUCUUCUCUCCCCCCACCGUUCUCGGGCUCUACCUUAUCUGUCUCUGGCCUCCUGGCCACCUGCCUCUCCUGGACCCGUGGGCCUCACCUGUCUGGGUAACCCCGUGACCAGUUCGCACUCUGUCUCCUCGCUCACCUGGGCUCGUUGGUCCACCAGCCUGACCCUCACUGAUAUUUGCCCCUGCAUCCUCUUCCUGCUCGUGUUAAAUUGUAAUUCCUGCCUGAGGAGAGCUCACACUAAGCGUGCAGCUGACGUGAGCCAGUUUCCACGUCAAGACUUUCCCUUUUGGUGUCCUCAGCCCGGAUGCACACUUUAUCCCCCCGCGCCUUUGAGGGAAGCAUAGGGGGGUUCCCUCAGUUCCCCUGCCCUGGCCGAGGUGCACUGCUGAGGGAUUUGCACUUGGGCUUUCCUGUGAGGCAUCGUGGGCCUUCUCUUACCUCGCCUCUGGCCACCUGGUGUCCCCAUGGCAGCCUGUGCCUCUGCGUGGUGCUAGAGGGGACAAGUUGUGACCUUCUUUCUAACCUCUUAGGGAGCCAGGAAAUGCCUGCUCGAGGUAGGCCUGAAUGGAUGCCAGCAGGCCCCUGGGUAGUCAUGGUUCAGAGAACAGUGCUGUACUACAUAGGUUACAGAGCUGGCUGGGAAGGCGCAUCAAUCCAUGGGAAUGUCCCUGCCAGCAUCAGGGCCCAGGGGCAGGCAGACUGCCCUAUUUGCUUCAGAAUUUCUCUCCCCAGCUUGGCUGGUCUCACCCUGCUAUGCUUGAUCAGGCACUGGAAUCCAGAGGACCGCUGUCACAGAGGCUUUGAAAGGCGGAGUGAUUUGGUUUCCAGUCUGGCAGAGUAAAGUUGACAGUUUGUGCGACUGAAAAGGGACCCAGAACAGACUUCCCUCCUUCGCCUGAACUCUAUGAGGAACCGGAGCCUUGGUACCAGCAGAGGCCUCUUGUGCCCAUUUGCCUCCUUGGAGAAUCCGGAUGAAUUUGGGUUUGUGGUUACCCCCUGGCUGGGCUUCAUGGAGGAAUCGUCUCUGAUUUCUAAUCUGAAUCCCAGAGCAGCCCCCAUCUUUCAGUGGACAGAAUGAGAGGCCUUCUGUAACCAGGCAUAACUGGCCAUCAUGGGGAAAUUGAUCAGGAUGGGGGUGCAGGAGAGGCGGUUACUGUGGCCAAAACGGCUUCAUUGGAGUCGCCUCCUCUUCCUAUUGGGAAUGUUGAUCAUCAGUUCCACCUAUCAGUACCUGAGGAGCCCCCAGGGCCUCCCCUCACUGUGGGCAGCAGUCUCUUCCCAACACCCUAUAAAACUAGCCAGCCGGGACCUUUCCAACAAUGCGAUGAUGAUGGUGAGCAGUGACCCUCCAAAAUCGAGCUCUGCAAUGGAGGUUGAGACAUGGGCAUCCCAAGCCACAGUGGGCAGAGAUGGAACAACGCCUGGCAUAACAAUGGAGAACACCCCCAGUACACCUAGAAGAACAGCCAACAUCAUUCCAGCAAUACCCAAGAAUAGCUACAGCCCAACAGCAGCAGGCACAGAAAAAGUGAAGGAAAACACCCCAGCCACACCCAGUGGAGUAUUGAAUCAUUAUACUCCAACGUCAGGCAGACCAACGGGAAAUAAUUAUACCCCAACAACACCCAGGCGAGAAGUGAAGAGCUACCGCCCAACUCAAGCCAGGGGAAGGGUGAAGAAAUACACCCCAUCCCCACUUGGUAGAAUGGUAAACAGUUAUGCCCCAUUCACACUCAUGACAAUGACAAGGAGCCAUGGGAUCACCCCCAGAGCAACAGUGAAAGACAGUGAGAUUAUGACAACCAACAGAAUAUUAGAGACCAACCCCUCCAAGAGAGUAGUGGAGGAAACCGCCCCAACUCCUCUCAAGGGAGCAACUGCUAACACCCCAACCUUCCUGAUAAAUGACUUAGACAUCUCGACUUCUCCGAAGAAUGUGGUGGAAAAGAAGACCCUAACUACCCCCAGGAGAGUGGACCAUAAUAUCUCAACCAAGCACUGGGGGUUAGUGGGAAAAAACAACCUGACAACACCCCGAGGAAGGGUCCUGGAGCACACCGCAGCCAUCUCUGAGGGGCAGGUGACAAUGAGCACCACGACAGGCAGCAGCCCAGCAGAAACCAGAGCCUCUGCUGCUGCUCAGAAGGUUAGGAAUCCCUCAUCCAGAACCAGUGCACCGACCAUCGGAAUAUCCUCGGCCACCUUCUGGGGGCUGGUGAAGAACCCUUCCAUAGCACCCAGCACCCCAGCAACACCCAGGGUCAGGGCGAAUCCGACCACUCAGAUCCGUCACUGUGUGGUUGUGGAGCCAGCCCCAGUCGCGCCCACUGCCGCCUCCCCCAGUCUAACAACAGCUGUGAUGUCAGAGGCUCCCAGUGCCUCAGUGCUGCCUUCUGGGCAGCCAGACCUCCACCCCAAGGCAGAGUACCCCCGAGAUCUGUUCAGUGUGGAGGAGCGGAGGCAGGGCUGGGUGGUCCUGCACAUCUUUGGCAUGAUGUAUGUGUUUGUAGCCUUGGCCAUCGUUUGUGACGAGUACUUUGUCCCAGCCCUGGGUGUCAUCACAGACAAGCUGCAGAUCUCCGAGGAUGUGGCAGGUGCUACGUUCAUGGCUGCUGGAGGCUCUGCCCCCGAGCUCUUCACCUCCCUCAUUGGCGUCUUCAUCUCCCAUAGCAAUGUGGGCAUCGGCACCAUAGUGGGCUCCGCAGUGUUCAACAUCCUCUUCGUCAUUGGCACUUGUGCCCUCUUCUCCCGGGAGAUCCUCAACCUCACCUGGUGGCCCUUGUUCCGUGACGUCACCUUCUACAUCUUUGACCUAAUGAUGCUCAUCCUCUUCUUCCUGGAUAGCCUCAUUGCCUGGUGGGAGAGCCUGCUGCUGCUGCUGGCCUAUGCCUUCUAUGUGUUCACCAUGAAGUGGAACAAACGGCUUGAGCUCUGGGUGAAGGAGCAACUCAGCAAGAGGCCAGUGGCCAAGGUCAUGACCCUAGGGGACCUUAGCAAGCUGGGCGAUGGGACAGUUGUGGUGGAUGAGCAGCAGGAUAACAAGAAGCUUAAGCUCUCGUCAGUGCUGACCCGAGGGAGCAGCUCGGCCUCUCUGCACAACAGCACCAUCCGCAGCACCAUCUACCAGCUCAUGCUCCACAGCCUGGACCCUCUCGGGGAAGCCCGGCCCUCCAAGGACAAGGGGGAGGAGAGCUUGAAUCAGGAGGCCAAAGCCAAGCCUCAGGCCAAAACAGAGAACAAAGGAGAAGAGGAGGAGGCAGCCGAGCUCCCUGCGGUCACGGUCACACCAGCCCCUGCUCCAGAUGUCAAGGGAGAUCAGGAGGAGGAUCCUGGCAGCCAGGGAGAUGUGGCUGAAGCUGAGAACACAGGUGAAAGGACAAGUAAUGAGGUUGAAGCUCCUGGUGAAAGUGAAACUGGAGAGCAAAGUGGAGGUGAAGCUCGACUAGAAGGUGAACGUGAAGAAGAAGGAGAGAAUGAAAGUGAUGGUGAUAUCCAGGCAGAAAGGAAAGGAGAUGAUGAAGAUGCAGGUGAAAUCCAAGCAGGAGAAGAUGGUGAAAUGAAAGGUGAUGAAGGUGAAACUGGAGAGCAGGAAUUGAAUGCUGAAAAUCAAAGUGAAGCCAAAGAUGACAAGAAAGGUAUAGAUGGUAAAGGGGGAGGUGAAGGAGGUGAGGGAGGUGAGCGUGAAGAUGAAGAAGAGGAAGAGGAGGAAGAGGAGGAGGAAGAGGAGGAGGAGGAAGAAGAGGCGGAAAAUGAGGAGCCUUUGUCGCUGGAAUGGCCUGAGACCAGGCAGAAGCAAGCCAUUUACCUCUUUCUCCUGCCCAUUGUGUUCCCACUGUGGCUGACGGUGCCCGACGUGCGGAGGCUGGAAGCUAGGAAGUUUUUUGUUAUCACCUUCCUGGGAUCCAUCGUGUGGAUAGCCAUGUUCUCGUACCUCAUGGUGUGGUGGGCUCACCAGGUUGGUGAAACAAUAGGGAUUUCUGAAGAGAUUAUGGGGUUGACAAUCCUAGCAGCAGGCACAUCAAUUCCUGACCUCAUCACCAGUGUGAUUGUCGCUCGGAAAGGCCUGGGAGACAUGGCUGUGUCAAGCUCUGUGGGCAGUAACAUAUUUGAUAUCACCGUGGGCCUGCCCCUUCCGUGGAUGCUUUUCUCUCUUAUCAAUGGAUUACAGCCUGUUCCAGUCAGUAGCAAUGGCUUGUUUUGUGCAAUUGUUUUGCUUUUGCUCAUGCUCCUGUUUGUGAUCUCUUCAAUCGCACUGUGCAGAUGGAGAAUGAACAAGAUUCUGGGUUUUACCAUGUUCCUCCUGUACUUUGUAUUCCUGAUAAUUAGUGUGAUGUUAGAAGAUCGAAUCAUAUCCUGUCCUGUAUCUGUCUGA